UAUGCAAAACCGGGAACUAGGGAAGAAUGUCCGGGAGGGGGAGACGGGGAAAGGAAUUGUCUCAUCGUUCUCCGCAAAUCCAUGGUUAACUUCCAAAGAAAGGAGGGUUCGUAUCCCAAACAUCCUGCUCCCCAAUGACACUUCCCUGCACCCACCUAAGCAAGGGGUCCCCAGGCAGCGGGGAAGAGAGAGAAGUCCAUUCAAGUAGACCCCGACUUUUCUCCCCCCAUAUCCCCUCGCCAUUGGUUUUUCCCUGCCGCGGAGGCUGGGCCAGGGGCUGGGGCGUUCGUAGAAUCGGCGCCGGCUGAGCUGUGGAAGUCACUCUGACUCAGGCGGGACUCAAACUGGGUUUGAUCGGGAGACGCAAAGGGAAGCCUGGGAGGUGGUCGAGUUGUGGAUACUGGCUGGGAGCAGUGACCACAAUAAAGCCCAGGAAGUGCCACCCGCGGCGGCGGGAAGAGAAGCAAGGAUAAGCAAAGGGUUGAGACAAUCGGCGGCUUUCUGGAGGCUGGGGGCCGAGGUGGGCGGGGUGGGGCUACGGUAGCGCUGCACUGGCUAUCUAGGCUGUGGCGUCCCUCCCUCCUCCUUGGGAGCUGUUGCACUCACGAAAGGAAAGUUGUCUCCACUUCCUGGAAGCUCCUUCCUCCCGCGGCUCCUAGCCGCUCCUGGCGCUCCGCUUAGCUAUUGGGGAGCGCCCCCAGCCCAGCCCGGGACAGACCGCUAAGCGCGAUGCCUGGGGGGUGCGCCCGGGGCCCCGCUGCCGCCGCCGCUGCUGGGGACAGGAGACUGCGGCUGGCCCGGCUGUUGCUAGUUCUCCUGGGCUGGGUCUCCUCGUCCACCGGCACUUCCUCAUCGUCUCCAUCGUCCUCCUCCACCUCCUCAUCUUCUCCAUCCUCUUCGGUGUCAGCUCAGCCCCCGCCACCGCCACCUCCGCCGCCCCCAGGCCAUUGCCCCGCGCCCUGUGAGUGCUCUGAAGCGGCCCGAACCGUCAAGUGUGUCAACAAGAACCUGACCGAGGUGCCGGAGGACCUGCCCCGCUACGUUCGCACCCUCUUCUUCACAGGCAACCAGCUAGCAAUAUUGCCCUCCGGUGCCUUCGCCUCGCGGCCGCCCCUGGCCGAACUGGCUACCCUCAACCUCAGUGGUAGCUGCCUACAAGAAGUGAGCGCCGGCGCCUUCGAACACCUGCCCAGCCUGCGCCAGCUGGAUCUCAGCCACAAUCCCCUGGCAGACCUCAGCCCGGUUGCUUUUUCUGGCGGUGGCGGCGGCAGCAAUGCCAGCAGCUUGGGUCGGAGUCCCCUCUCGGAGCUGUUCCUGAACGACAUCCUCCCACCCAGGGACUCGCAGCUCCGCAACCGGAGCUUCGUGGGCAUGGUGGCGGCUGCGUUGCAAAGUGGAGGUGCUCUGGGCAACCUACUCCGCCUGGAGCUGUCCGGCAACAACUUCAUUUACCUGCCUCGAGACAUGUUCUCGGGCCUGCCUAAACUCAAGCACCUGGAUCUCCACAACAACUCUCUGGUGGGUUUGGGCAACUUGGCCUUAGGUAACUUAACGCACCUGGAGACCCUCCAUCUCGGGAAUAACGCCUUCAAGGCUUUGUAUAAUGCAUCCUUGGUCCAGCUGCAGUCUCUGCCCAAUCUGCGGGUCAACCUAGACAACAACCCCUGGCUUUGUGACUGUAACCUGGUUGAUAUGGUAGCUUGGCUGAAGGAAACUAACGUAGUGGAGGGUAAAGCCUCCCUCUCCUGCUUCUUCCCAGAGAAAAUGAGGAACCGUCCCUUGGUGAAACUCAACAGCUCUGACCUGGACUGUGACCCACUCCCUCUAGACCCUUUGCAGACUUCUUAUGUUUUUCUAGGGAUAGUUUUAGCCCUCAUUGGAGCAAUUUUUUUACUGGUUUUGUAUUUGAACCGCAAAGGGAUAAAAAAGUGGCUAUAUAAUAUCAGAGAUGCCUGCCGGGAUCACAUGGAAGGUUAUCACUACAGAUACGAAAUCAAUGCAGAUCCCAGGUUAACAAACCUCAGCUCAAAUUCAGAUGUCUAAAAAAAGUGAAGAAAGCAGAGCAUUGACAACAGCUAUGCAUGAAACGUAGACUUAAGCUUUACAACACCCUAGGCUUGCUAACCCUUCACCCUUCACUAUAGAAAUCACAGACUGAUGGGAAGCCACGCAGGAGCUCUGCCUCCAUGUUAUUUGUAGAGUUCUCUGGUGUUUUCUGUUAACCUAAGACACUGGACAAUUAUACAUAGUAUUUGGCUGUAUGGAGAGAGACUUGCUGUCUCCCCUCUUCCCACCCACUCUCCACCUGUUCCUGGAACUUUGUUUGAACUUGUUUGGAGAGAUUUUUCAAGUUUCAGCAUGAUUGAGGACUUCUUGGAGCCUGGUUUUCUCACAGUACAGUACAAGGUGUAGAAUUUGUAUAUACCAUUCAACAAAACCUGCCUCAACUUUUUUUGAGAACAUAUUUUAUUUGUCAGUGCUGAUUUUAUUCUUGUGUAACUAAAUUGUAGAAAAAAAAAUUUCAUUCCACAAACUGCCUGCAGAAUCUAGAAAGCUUUCCCCCUUCAGUAGCACACAGAGGAGCAAACAAUUAGAGAACAUGCAUGCCUUCAGUAACUGUUCUGCAUAUUACAAAACAUAACUCCCAACUCAGAUUCUUUGAAAAAGGAAGUUUCUCUGAAAAAAAUAAGUUACUUUUAACAGCAGUUUACAUGAAGCUACAUUGGGGUUUUUUUUUUUUUUAAUGUAACUGGAUGCAUCUAGAUUCAACAGAAUGAAUUGUUUUUUAAAUCAAUAAAGGUUCUUAAAAGAACUACAGCAGUGUCAAAGUUAUGUAUACUGUUAUUAGACUUUGUAAGUGGAAAAUAGUUUGACUAGAUUUAGUUCAGACUAAUGAAUUACUCAUUCAUGCUGCCAUCUUUUGCCUGAAUAAUUGCAUAAUCUGAACAAUUAUUGUACAGACUGAAAUUAGAGAUUCCUUUUGAAUUAUUGGGUCUGGUUAGAUUUAAUAAAUUAUAGAUGUAUUGACUGUGAGUAUUUAUAUGAAACUGCCUUCUCUUGACCUAUAAGUUAGUAUAUACUAACCCAGAACUAGAUAUUUGAGCAGUAUAAAAUAGGAAAAGAUAAUAAUUGGUGUAUAGUCAGCCAAAUUGAAUUUUCUGCUCUCCAAAUUUUAAUGAAGUUGCUUUUAGAGUUUAACAAUAAAUAAAGUUUCACAGGUGAAAUCACUUGGCUGGGGUCUGAGAGCAGAAUAUGAAACAUUCAAAAAAGGCUUUAAAAAUAAAAUGUAAAUGUGGAACAGUUUAAAAUACAUUUUUACAUUAUGGGAUUGACUUUUAAGAAAAUAAUUAUUUUUACAUUUCUAAGAUCACAAAAUAAACUAAAUAGGUAUUCCUCUA